AGUAGUGAUCCACUUUGCUUAUGUUACAUCACAGCGCACAUGCACUAAAGGUGCCAUGUCGGAGAAGCAAUACUUGUAUGAAAUAUGGAAGAGACAGCUUCCAUUGCAUAAACGGCAAGAAACACUGGAGCUGGUCACUGCUGUGCAAGAAGGAGAUGAAGAAGGGAUGAGAUCUGCCCUCUUCAGGGGCGCUUACAGUAAAGUUACUGUCCCCACUAGUGGAGUGGGGUCACGGUGUUUAGUUGGUGUGGCUGCCAACAGAGGCCAUAGUCACCUGCUACCUAUCUUAUUACGAGUGGGACUAAACAUCGAAGGUGAAGGCACCAGCGGCAGGUCACCACUAAUGGAAACUGCUUUGAGAGGCCAUACCCAGACAGUUAAGGCACUGCUAACCCUCGGUGCGAACGCUCUGGCAACAGAUACUGAAGGAAUGACCGCCCUCCAUUAUGCUGCACAGGAAGGUCACCAGCAGUGUGUGGCGAUACUUAUAAGGGUCAUCCCUCCAUUCCCGUUGGACAUAAAAAACACCCCUUUGCAUCUUGCUAGUCGUUCUGGCCGGGUGGAGGUAAUGAAGCAGCUGGCGGAUGCUGGUUGGCCUCUCACAGCUGUUAAUAGAGCUGGCGCCACACCUCUACAUUGGGCUGCAAUGGGCGGCAGUGUGGUGGCGGCAGAAUGGCUUGUGCAGCGAUGUGGCAAUCCUCUCGUGAAAGAUAACCUUGGACGCACCCCGCUGGACAUAGCCGUACUCUUUGGUUGUCAUGAGGUGGAAACCUGGCUAACCAAGAACGGUGGCUCGGUAGUGAGGCGGGAGGAUCAAUAUAGGAUGAUGGUGGUAAGGUUGUAUAAUGUUUGCCUGGCUACUCCUGGGAGUUGAGUGAAGAUCUACAUU